AUGACUACCCCAAGUGCCACCAAGCGCGCUGCGGCUACUGGCGUGAUCAUUGAGCGAGAGGAACCAUCUCAAACCAGCACUGGCGAGGAGCUGCUUUCGAUUCUCGUAGAGAACGGAGCGGCAAAGCUGACGAGCGGCACGUCUGCCACCAAGCUUCCAAGCGUCGCAUCUGCCAACGAAUCGUCCAGCAGUACCACUGUCGAGAAGAAUCCCGAUACUAGCACCAGUCAAAGUGGACAUGUAGGAUGCUUGGCGCCUACCAUGACCAGUGCCAGGACCCAAUCACUUGCUGGCAAGCCAGAUACAGAACCAGCGAAUACUACGCGGAAAUCUGUCGUAGACGAGCGGAACAGACAAACCUUGGAUGCAGCUGUCGCAGCAUCUUCCAGUGAACCGCCAAUUGAAGUCUCGGAGUCUGAACCAGGAGCAUUUGCUUCCGUCCCUGGCAACGAAGACGUACGCCAAGACACGGUAAGCUUUUCGCUCCUUAGAAGAGAUGCUUCGACUGACAACUUCCCAAAUCAGGAUGAACUUGGCCUUUCCGAAGCGGUUCCAGUCAAUGAUCAUCUUGGGCCCGAGAACUUACCAGGGGCCGUACCAAUGGAUCAUGCAGCAAGGAAGAGACAGCACGUUAAGAGCGCGCAACAGCUCAGAACGCUGCUGGGGUUGUUGGGACUCUUCUUAACUUUGAUUGUCGUCAUUGUGACGGUAGUGAUAGCAUCAGCCAGCGACGCAGGAUCUUCUGAGUCGCCUAGCCUCCGAGCGACUCAGGUGACACCAAAACCCCCAGCAACACCCUUGGAGGACAAUGUUGACACCCUGUGGCCUACCCCUGCACCAACCUUUCUCAUUCCAAAAGACUUGCUCCUGAACACAACCAUGGAAGCCAUCCUAUAUCCUCUGUCACCACAAAGCAUGGCUUACCAGUGCGUGUUGUACAAUAUGAUGGAGCAGAAGUAUGUCAUGGUGGAAAGGAAAACCAAUGAAACCACUUGCAACAGCUUGGGCAGGUUCACCAAGCUUAAGUUGAUUGUUCCUGGAAAUCCAAGUGACCUUCAAGGUGCAAUGCCACCUGAGAUUGCUCUUUUGCCAAACCUAGAGCAGAUCUACUUGCACGCCAUUGGAUUCAAUAAACCAAUGUCAGCAGCAGUCAUCCCUCAAAUGAAGCAUCUUUCAAACCUUCGCAAGCUGUAUUACUCCAGAAAUGGCAUCACAGGCACGAUUCCAAGCUCCACAUUUGAGAUUUUGCCUUCCCACACUCUUGAGGAGUUCUCUUUGAUUGAACCAGACUUGAAUGGUACAAUUCCCAGUACAGUUCAUGGGCUGUCAAAUCUGAAGAAACUGAGCUUAUCUGGGAAUCUCACAGGUACCAUCCCAUCGGAGAUAGGACUGCUCGCUUCCUUGGAGUAUUUGUUCCUUGGACAUAACCAUGAUCUACAGGGCACCAUUCCAAUCGAACUUCUGGAACUCACCAACCUUGAAACCCUCAGGCUGGACCAGACUGCAUUGACCGAAACUCUCCCAGAUGUAGGUCAAUGGAAUAACCUGACUGAAUUGCAGGUUGAGGCACAGCUAGCAGGCACCAUACCUGGAUCUCUUGAAGAUUUGGCUAAGCUGCAGAUCUGCAUCUUGAAUAAUAACGAGUUCACUGGGACUCUCCCCCCACUUCACCCGAUGGCCCCACUUGAACGGCUUGAGGUGGAAAGCAACCAAAUCACUGGCUCAAUCCCUGAAGCAUGGUUUGAUGCUUCUAGCUUCCAUUCCUCCUUGCUCUAUUUGGAUUUGAGUGACAACCUGCUCACAGGAGUGAUACCAGAUUCCAUCUGGUCCCUCACCAAGCUUCGCACCCUUGAUCUUGCCAACAAUGCAGGCCUUUCUGGCCUCUCUGGAAGCAUUCCUUCGGAGAUAGCCCAAUGCUCAAGCUUGAGGUAUCUUCAAAUGGACAACACUGGUAUCUCUGGCCUCAUUCCAUCUGAGCUGGGUUUAUUGUCCAGGUUAGAGUUGCUGUUACUCCAUGGCACAAACCUAUCGGGGAGUGUACCAACAGAGGUGUGCAUGCUGAAGGACGAGGGCCGUCUUCAUGAAUUGCAUGUCAACUGCACGACUGUCACAUGCGACUGUGAUUGUACAUGUUCCUAG